CGCUGUCCGAGGCGAGCCGUCCGCCGCGCUCACCGCUAGGCGUUCUCCUGUGCUGCCGGGGGUUUUCUCUUUCUGACACAAACAGACAGCUGGAGCGGAGGCAGCGGGGGAAGAUGGGGAGCUGCGGAGAUAAAACCCCUGGUUUCUGAAUGCAGCGCUCCUGUUGUUGAUUUUACGCUGUUUUUUGGCCUGACAGCGCGAGGCUGCGCGUGAACUGGCUCGAACUAGCCCGCUAGCUCGUGCACUAGCUAAUCCUGGAAUAGGGCACGCGCAGUCAGUGACGCUCCAGCAUGACGGACAGUAUCAUGAGUAAAGCGGCCACUAUGGAGAUCCCCAUCAACAGUAAUGGGGACAGCAGGACCCUGGGGGAGGACGACGGCCUGGAGCAGGCUCGAAACGUACAGUGGGGCCCCCCAGGCCAAAGGGAUCUGCAGCAAGUAAUGGUAUCUGGGCCCAACCUUAACGAAACCAGCAUCGUAUCGGGUGGCUACGGUGGCACAACAGAAGGCAUCAUUCCAACCAGCUCUAUCAAAGACCUUAGAAUGAAGUGCAAGGGUGUUAAUGUUGCACCCAGCCAGUCCGCAGCCAGCCGGAUAGCCAGCCAAUCGGAUGAUUACCCCGGUAUCCCAGGAUCCAGCAUGCACCACAGCAGCAGCUCGUCUGCGAUGGCAGAGGAGGCCACAAGAGGCGUCGCAGUGGAGAAGUUUGACAUGAUGAAGAAAUGGAGCAUGAACACCUAUAAGUGCACUAAGCAGAUGAUCUCGGAGCGUUUUGGACGUGGCUCGAGGACUGUGGACCUGGAGCUGGAGGCUCAGAUUGAGGUCCUGCGGGACACGAAGCGGAAGUACGAGAACGUCCUGCGCCUGGCCCGUGCCCUUACCAACCACUUCUACAGCAUGGUGCAGACGCAGCACGCACUGGGGGACACUUUCGCUGACCUCAGUCAGAAAUCUCCAGAGCUGCGGGAUGAAUUUGGCUACAAUGCAGAAACCCAAAAACUGCUGUGUAAGAAUGGAGAGACCCUGCUGGGCGCCAUCAACUUUUUCGUAUCCAGCAUCAACACACUCGUCAACAAAACUAUGGAGGACACGCUCAUGACCAUCAAGAUGUAUGAGAACGCAAGGUUGGAGUAUGAUGCUUACAGGGCUGAUCUGGAGGAGCUAAAUAUGGGGCCCCGAGAUGCUGUGACCAUGGCCCGCAUCGACGCCGCUCAGCAGCAGUACCAGGUCCAGAAGGACAAAUACGAGAGACUUCGCAGUGACGUCACUAUCAAACUCAAGUUCCUCGAGGAAAACAAGGUGAAAGUGAUGCACAAGCAGCUUCUCCUUUUCCACAAUGCCAUCUCUGCCUACUUCGCUGGGAACCAGCAGCAGUUGGAACAGACCCUCAAGCAGUUCAACAUAAAGCUCAAACCGCCAGGAGACGACAAACCGUCCUGGCUGGAGGAGCAGUGAAAGUGCCCAUACCUCCCCCUGGCCCCGCCCCUCUUUUUCCUAUGACCGGUUUAUUACCCAGACUGAGCGACCACCAGCCCCAGUCAUGCAGUCUAGCCUGUACAGCAGCAGGGCAGCAGAAGGCUGACCAUCCACUAGCAGCUGUGGAAGAUGGGGGCUACUGCCUUUUUCAUCCCAAACCUCUUCUCUUCCUCUUUAUCUCCUGUUUAUCUCUUCCUAAAAUUGUGUUUGACCACCGUGACAAUAAACACAGCUUGUAUCUUCAGUCAUCCCAAAGGCCGUCAUGUUUUCAGUUUAAACAGUAGUCAACACAAAGUGUCCUGCAGGGAAAGCAACCUGUGGGCAUCAAUCAGAGCUCCUGUAGACCUUGAACCUUGCUUUUUCUCUUUCUCUUUCUCUCCUCCUCUCUGCCUCUGAGAAGAAAGCUUCUCUCCUCCAACCCUAGUGACCACACAAAGAAGAACUUUCUUUUUUCCAACAAGAUUGUCCCCGCCCCCCAAAACGCAGGGUUUGUCUUGUGGAACUGGACCUGUAGAUGUGGAGAAGACUUGAGCACUGCUGUUUCUGAUUUUUCAAAGAAUGAAAGAGUUUAUAGACGGGUUCUGGGGCAAAAAUAGAUCUGUGUUAUUUAUUUUCAUAAAUGUCCAGCUAAAAAUAUUGAUACACUGUAUGUUUACCAUAUAAACAUUUGUCCUUUAUCAGUCUUUAUCAGAGCCUGUGAUCCAGAAGGGAACAUUCACAUCAAUAGUCAUCAUAGUUGAUCAUAUUGGUACAGAAACACUUGUGCGACUUGUGGUGAUUUUAUAUCCUGAGAUUCUUGACUGAACUUCAUGUCAGUCUUUGAAAACAAUUUUAUUUGCAUUGUUAUUUGUGUCAGAAUAUUAUGACCACUUCCUUGUUUCUAGACGCAUUGUCCAUUUUAUUAGCUCUAUAGACCAUAUUGUUGCUGCAGGGUUUGUGUUCGUCUUCCUCUAGUACUUCUAUCUAUCUAUCACUGCUCACAUGACUCUUUAUCCUGUUGGCUGAAUAGUUUUGGUUUAUUCUCUAUUGACACUGUGUUUAAAAACUCCAGCAGCACUGCUGUGUCUAAUCCAUUCUAUAACCAGCACAACUCACACUAACACACCUGCUCUUUGGCUUUGGUGAUCCUGAGGGAUCCUGAUUCAUAUAGAACAAGGUGAAUGGAGGAUAAUAAAGUAUGCAGAGAAAAAAGGAAGACAACAGUCUGUAAGUGUAUAACUACAAAGUGCUCCCAUAUGGUCUGUAGAGCUGAUAAAUUGGAUUUUGUCAUCUCUGUAUGUGAAUACAUACAAACUCUGUAUGUAACCAAUCUGAAAUUAGAACCACAUGCUUGUGUUGAGGUCAUUCAUUUCUAGAAAUGUGUAAGUGUGCCCUCUUUUCUGUUCAGUAAUAUAGUUUAAGGAGAUCCUGAACGUUGGAACAAAACGUUUUGGGUGCUCAAGUUUGGUGCCUGCGCUGUAAUCUUAGCUCUUCAACAAUUCAUCUGAAAUCCAUGUUUCAAAUUGUCAUUGGAAGUAUAUUUUCUAUACUGUAUGUGAUAUGCCUUUGGAUUUAGUUUUGUUAUUAAGCUAGAGGCUUGAGAACCUGUUAGUUUCAAGACCAGUUAGGAAUAGAAAAGACGGACAGAGAGGGGUAAACCGCAGUUUGCCAGUCUAAGGAUGUUUGUGUUAGUUGUGGUAAAUUUCUGUGGUAUUAUUACGUACUAAUUUCCGUAUGAUGAUUUUUUUUUUGGUUUGUAUAUUUGUUAUUUUAAGUUAACAAUCAAAUGUUAAUCAGAACUGUAGUAUAUAGCUGUCUUUAUGAUUUAUUAUUGUACUGUAUGUGCUUUGAUUAGUCCUGGCCAGUGGUUUAGACCAUCGUUUAUAUUCUCAGACCAAAACUUGUACACUACGACGUCCUGAGAGUUUUUUUUGGUGUGGUUUUCCAUUGGAAUCAUUGGGUUUGCCUACUACAAUUCAUACUGUUUUUUUGGUGUCUUUGCUUUUGGUUUUGUUGUUUUUUUUAUUUACUUAAAACCAAGAGAAUCUUUAGUAUGAAGAAUGUAUGUAUUUCUAUUUUUACCCCCUCCCCCAAGCUAGUCCCCGAAAAGAACCCACAGAGUAAAAAAAUGCACAUUAACUUCCUGACUUUACGCCUACAGUCUCAGAACACUGUUGUAACUUCUAACACACUAAUAUGAUAUAAUAUGACUCAUAUUCUAAUCAGUUCCUUGUUGUUUAUCCAUUUUAUAGAAAAUUUGGCAAUACUUGCUAAUACUGAAAUUGUGACUACUGGCCGAUGCGAUCCAAUAUUUCUUCCUUAAAACCCAAAAAAAGCAGCUAAAAGCAAACUGUCAUCCUCAAAAUACUGAAUCACUCCAUGCAAAAUUUGCACAGUUAGUUUAAUCAACAUCUUGCACCCUUCAAAAUAAAAGUCCCUUAUUGCUUUUUGACUUGGAUUAAAAUUAUUAUUCAUGAUUUAAAAAAAGAAACAAGUUCUUCCAGGAUUCUUUAUCAAAAAAAGACGGUGGAUGCUUGAAUGAUUCUUUGCCUAGUUAAAUGGGUCUUUACUAUGGUAUAAAAUGUUUAAUGUGCCCAUUUUGAGUGUUUACAGAAGCAUUAGAACGGGUUCUACUAUUAUUUUAAGCCUAUUAAAAUGCAGAUAUCUUGGGUACGUCAUGUAGUGUUACCUUAGAGGAUGAUGAUUUGGGAACACUCACAGCUGUACAAGUAGUGAGGUGUUAUCUUGUGAGUGAGGUGUGAGUGAACACUGGCUAUCGUGCUCAUGGCAAGGCCCGCUAAAUUAUGGAUGGGAUAUUCCAUUUGCGAAGUUAUGGACAGAAUUUGUCUUUCCUAAAUCUAAAGUGUGAUGUUUGAACUGGGAAUACACUACAGAAGGCAUUAUCACCCACAGUGGACAGUGCAGUGGAUGAUAAAAUGAUCGUGACCGGCAGUGUCUGGCUAGAAUUGUCUGUGCGGACAAACAAACUGCAAAAAUGACCUCCACCAUAUUCAAGAUGACAGUCCAAACAAUACUAGUCCUGUGUCCCAUGACAUUUAGUACGGUUCUGUUAACAUAAACCCAAAAUGGACAUGUUAUCACAGCAGUCUUGAUACAGCAAUACAGUGUGAUCCUUUGUAUUAUACCUAGAAACACUCCCUGAAAAUAUCUUUAUGGAACCAGGGCUGGUUAUUUUUAUGACGGGGGUCAUCAUUUCUGGUCCUUAUCUUCAAAAACUUAAAGUAUGAUGGUUUUUAGACUUCUUGGGCUCAGAAAAGUCUGAAAACAUUUGGUUAUUUUAUAGUAUGGAGGUCACCAAACCAUGCUGGACAUCUGCCCCUUCUCCAAGGGGAGGCACAAAUGAUGACCCCUGUUCUGUAGCCUGCACGGUCCCAAAGAAUCGUUCUUAUGGCACAUUUUGUCUUUAAGAGCAUCAACAAUGAGGGUGUAAAGGGUUUUUACUUGAGCUAAGCUAUAUAUGGAUAAUGAAGGAACCUAAAUGAAGCAAUACCACUAAAUAUGUUUCUAGAGAAUCUGUUGAAAUUGUUGAUUCUGGUAUAUUUUGUAUGGCUUUUCCUACCAUAGUUGACUGGUACCUCCAUGGUGUGGAUCACAGUGCUAAUGUAAUAUGGAGUAAACAGGUUGUUUAAAGGGGAUUAAAGUUCUUUUUGAAUACUAACAGAGAAUUCCGCCAAUUCUUCAAAAUACCAGCAUAAUAAUAAAUAAAUAAUAAAAAAAAUAUAUAUAUUGAAAUUUAAGAGACAUUUAGCAAGGUAGAGUUGUUCACAGUGGUGGUGGAGCCUGGGAUAAGUGUCACUAAGAAUAGUUAGGUCAUAGUUUAUGAAAGUUUUGAGAUAUAUAAAUUUGAAGAUAUUAAUUCAUCAUAAACCUUUAUUUUCAUUCAUUUCAUGCAUUAAGGAUGAGCCUUAUUUUUAACACAGCCAACUAUUGACAAUAGGCAGGGAAUAAAUGAAAAAAAAGAGAAUAAACAAUUAUUUAAUAAUAAUCAGUAUAGCUCAAUUAUAUAUUUU